AGUAUGUGGUGGAAAAGUACCGGUAGCCCAGAAAACGGGUUGUUUCGUCCGUUAGUGCCGUGAAAGAAAGUUUAUAAAUUGACCAGCCACCUCCCCAGUUGUCACUCGUUAGCUUUGUGUUUAGUGCGCGACUGAUUUUCAACUUUUUUAACACUUAAAACCUCCCUUCUUUCUCUCCUCCCCUCACCUCACCUGCUCAAAACAAAUCUUUCUUCUUCUUCUUCUUCUUCUUCUUUCUGUUUCUCUGUUUUUGCUCAAUACUCUGUUUUCUUGUUUAGAAAACAUGACUAAUCAAAAUGUGAUGCUUUCUGAAUCCAAGCCAACUAUUGGGGUCAAGAUUACACUCACCUUGUCCAACUCUGCUCUAUUCUCACAGCCAUCGCCUGCUGGCUACAUCACCAUAUCUCGAAAGAAGCUCUUGAAAAAACUUGAUGAUGAAGGAGGUACCAAACUCAAUGCUUGGGUCGACUCUAUGAGAGACUCUUCUCCUACUCGUGCCAAGUCCACUGCUUCUGUAACCGAAACUGAAGAGCAAACUUCUUGGAUUGCUCAUCAUCCAUCAGCUUUAAGCAAGUUUGAGGAGAUUGUGAAUGCUUCCAAAGGGAAGAAAUUAGUCAUGUUUCUUGACUACGACGGUACCCUGGCACCUAUUGUUGAAGACCCGGAUCGAGCUUUCAUGACCAACGAGAUGCGAGAAGCUGUAAGGGACGUCGCCAGAUAUUUUCCCACAGCUAUAGUGACCGGGAGAUGCCGAGAUAAGGUUUUCAGCUUUGUAAAAUUAGCAGAGCUUUACUACGCAGGAAGCCAUGGCAUGGACAUCGAGGGGCCAUCCAAAAGUCGUAAAUACAAGAAGGGUAAUCAAGGAGUUCUCUUUCAACCGGCCAGCGAAUUCCUCCCCAUGAUUGACGAGGUUUACAAAACCCUGUUAGAAAAAACAAAAUCAAUUCCAGGGGCUAAGGUUGAAAACAACAAGUUUUGUCUCUCCGUACACUUUCGCUGUGUUGAUGAAAAGAGCUGGGGUGCAUUAGUUGAGGAUGUUAGAUUAGUUCUUAAUGAGUAUCCAAAGCUGAAACUAACUCAAGGAAGAAAGGUGCUGGAGAUCCGCCCAACAAUAAAAUGGGACAAAGGCAGAGCCCUUGAGUUCUUGCUAGAGGCAUUAGGAUAUGCCAAUUCUAAAGAUGUUGUACCAGUUUACAUUGGCGAUGAUCGAACUGAUGAGGAUGCCUUCAAGGUUUUGCGCGAUAGAGGACAGGGCUUUGGGAUUCUUGUUUCUAAAGUUCCCAAGGAUACAAAUGCUUCCUAUUCUCUCCAAGAACCAUCCGAGGUGAAUGCAUUUUUGCGGCGUUUGGUAGAUUGGAAGCGCUUCUCUCUACGCCAACAGUAAUAUGUUUGUAAAGAUUAAGAAAUUGAUCAAUCCCACCAACCGAAAUUGGUUUUAAGGGUGGAUUAUUGUAUUAAUUUUUCUUGUUCGGAAAUUUUAAAAUGGCAAAUGUGAAAAAAAAAUCCCGAAAUUUGGAAGCGUUUGUUCGCUUCUUCUCUCUUAGAAGUUGUACAUUCUUUUUAUUUUACUUUUAUCGGAAAUUAACAAAAAAAAAAAAAGAGGUUCUCACCAUCUUGAAACA